AUGCGACCUUUCUUGCGCGUAGCAUGGCUCAGACACGCAUCGCCCCUUCCCUGGCACCCCCGAGGCACUCCGCAAAGCCUCGUCCCCCGCCGCAUCGCAACCACAUCGGCGCAGAACGCUGCGCCCAUUGACCUGCCUCGGCUGAUUGUCAAAAACGGCGCUAAAGACCACAACUCGCUGGCGACUUUUAUCGAAUACGCGACCCGCACGAAACUCUCUCCGCUCAAGAGUUACUAUGUGGGCACGCACUUUGAGUACACGACCGCUCUAUCGUUCAUGCGUCUAGGCUUCUCGCUCCUAAGAACGGGUGCGAAGAACGAUGCUGGCAUUGAUUUGAUCGGACACUGGGUCCUGGCGCCUCUGAGCGAGCCACUCCCCGUCAUCAUCCAGUGCAAGGCGCGCAAAUGCUCGGUCGGUCCCAGCCACAUCCGCGAACUCGAGGGCUCAUUCCGGGGGAUGCCUCCAGACUGGAAGGGCAAACCCGUUCUCGGGUUGCUGGUGACGACGCUGAAGGCCACGAAAGGAACCAUGGACGCUAUUGCGCGCAGUCCAUGGCCCAUGGGCUUCGUGAUGAUGUCCAGGCAGGGACUUAUUCAGCAGUUUCGGAAGAAGCGGCCAUCCAAGUUCGCAAACGCAGGCACACAAAAAGACAUACAACUAACAUGGAUGGGCUCGCCCAUCUUCCCCGAGCGCAACACUCUGGACCAAGAAACGCUGAACCUAAUCAGCCUCGUCGAGCCCGUGGUGGAAAUCAAGCCUUCUGCGCCGCUGGGCCAACCUCGACGUCGACCCGGCCGGCCUAAGAAGGGCGAAGAGGCAUUCUUCGAUUGCCUCAAGAACACGAAGGGCCCGAAGCCUACAAUGCACCUAGCGCCUUCGCCGAGAGGCGGUCAGAUCGCUGUGCCUCGGGUUCCAGCCAAGGUGCCCAAGUGUGGUCGACCAAAGGGCUCCAAGAAUAAAGUCAAAAUCACGACGCACGCAGGCUGA